UUCUGCCCGCGUGGUAGCUUUGAUCACAACCGUUCAAGAGAUCUGGUACAGUGUGAUGGGAGUGAUAAGCUUUCGACCGCUUCCACUUUUCUUCACAUCAAUUUUUUAGGGUUUCUGUGAAACUUGGAACCAAAUCAAAGAGAGCAGCUCUAGUGUACGACGGCCGUCAAUAAUGGUUACCCAAAUGAGCAAGAAACGAAAGUUUGUCGCCGAUGGAGUUUUUUUCGCUGAGCUCAACGAGGUGCUGACCAGAGAGCUAGCCGAGGACGGCUACUCCGGUGUCGAGGUUAGGGUUACGCCGAUGCGUACUGAGAUUAUAAUCAGGGCAACUAGGACACAAAAUGUUCUAGGUGAGAAGGGAAGAAGAAUCAGAGAAUUGACAUCUGUUGUUCAAAAGCGAUUUAAAUUCCCUGAGAAUAGUGUCGAACUCUAUGCUGAAAAGGUCAACAACAGAGGUCUAUGUGCUAUUGCUCAGGCUGAGUCCCUGCGUUACAAGCUUCUUGGAGGGCUUGCUGUCAGGAGAGCUUGCUAUGGUGUUCUUAGAUUUGUCAUGGAGAGCGGGGCGAAGGGAUGUGAGGUCGUUGUUAGUGGUAAGCUCAGGGCACAGCGUGCAAAGUCUAUGAAGUUCAAGGAUGGAUAUAUGAUAUCCUCCGGUCAGCCUUGCAAAGAUUAUAUUGACUCUGCCGUGAGGCAUGUCCUCUUGAGACAGGGUGUUCUUGGGAUCAAGGUCAAGAUCAUGCUUGACUGGGAUCCUAAGGGUAAGCAAGGACCGACCACUCCUUUGCCUGAUUUGGUUACCAUCCACACACCUAAGGAGGAGGAAGAAUAUAUCAAGCCAUCAGAUGCACCUCUACCACCAGCCACUGAGAUAGAUAUUACAGCCGAGUAAUGGUGUUUCUGUAUUUAUUUAUUUAUUUGUUUUUCCAUUCUCACUUGCUGGUCUUUCACUUUGCAGUGUAGGAGGGAAAUAGAGAUUAAUCAGAUAUUGAAUCCUUAGUUAAAUUUAUGGUAUUCGAGUUUAAUUCUUGCUAUAAUUAUUUGUUUUAUUACUCACGGUUUGGCCUGGUUUAAAUCAGGAGUGAAGAUGUUUUUUGGGACA